ACAGUAGAGAAAGCUUAUUGCUGUACUCAAUGUGGGAAGAGUUUUGAUACAUCUAGCCAUCUUAUUGUACACCAAAGAACACGCACAGGAGAGAAAUCUUAUAGCUGUGAUGAAUGUGGGAAGAGUUUUACUCAUCGAAGCAGCCUGAUAUCACACCAGAGAACACACACAGGAGAGAAAUCUUUUAGCUGUGAUCAAUGUGGGAAGAGUUUUACUCAAUCAACCAGCCUGAAAUUCCACCAGAGAAAACACACAGGAGAGAAACCUUUUAGCUGUGAUCAAUGUGGGAAGAGUUUUACUCAUCGAAGCAGCCUGAUAUCACACCAGAGAAUACACACAGGAGAGAAACUUUCUAGCUGUGAUGAAUGUGGGAAGAGUUUUACUCGUUCAACCAGCCUGAAAUUACACCAGAGAACACGCACAGGAGAGAAACCGUAUAUCUGUGAUGAGUGUGGGAAGAGUUUUACUUGCUUGCGCAAUCUGACUCUUCACCAGAGAACACACACAGGAGAGAAACCCUAUAGCUGUACUCGAUGUGGGAAGUUUUUUUUUAAAUCUAACCAUCUGACGAUACACCAAAGAAGACACACAGGAGAGAAACCCUAUAGCUGUACUCAAUGUGGGAAGAGUUUUGUUCAAUCUGGAGAACUGAAGAUGCACCAGAGAAGACACACAGGAGAGAAACCUUAUAGCUGUACUCGAUGUGGCAAGAGUUUUGUUCAAUCUGGCGAACUGAAGAUACACCAGAGAACACACACAGGAGAGAAACCUUAUAGCUGUGAUCAAUGUGGGAAGCGUUUUGGUCAAUCUGGCCAGCUGACAUCACACCAGAGAACACACAGG